CGCCACCAGGCGAUCAUCGUCUACCGGCGUGAGAGAUUGCCAUGCUAUCGCUGAUGUUAUCAAAUUUGUCACAUUGGGCCAGACUAUCUGUAAAGGUGAACUGCUGGUUUUGCAAUCAUGACUCGUUCGUGCCAUACUCCAACAGGAAUUGCUUUACCUGCUCGAUCUGUGAGCAGUACAAUGGUUUCACGCAGGAGGGAGACUACAACCGUCUCAUACCCGAACAACACUGCGAGGAGUUGAACAAGAGAGCAGCAGCUUCACAACACGCGUUGGAUGACUCAUCAGGUAGAUGGGAUCCACUGACUAAAAAGAAGCUUGGCUUGUGUGCGACCUGCAGUCAGAACCAGCUGUUGAAGGUUAAGCAACUGUCAGCAUUUGUUCCGUUCAAUGAGCACACGUACGACGCCGAGAUCGAGCAGUACGAGCGCAACCUGGAGAAGGCGUACGCAUUGUGCGCCACCUGUGAUGCGAUCAUCAGACAGGAGCUUCGGUGGCAGACACGAGCGCUGAAUGCGCAACUAACCGUCUCGAAGCAGGCGAGCGAGUUCGUGCGGCCGAAGCAACGUCAGAGUCACAUGACGGCGCUGAACGCGAGGAGCAAUAUAGCAACGAUCCAGUCAAGGUGUUGGGAGGUGUUGCUGAGUUGGAGGCCAUUAAUAAUGCUUCUCAGACUAAUCACAUUAGCUUGCUCAUGCUACCUGGUUCGCUUCAACUGCCAGUCAGAACCUUGGUAUAAAUCUUUGCUGUCAGCUGUCUGUCACAGAGUCGGUACAGUGUCUCCUGAAUCCGUACUUGUAUCCUGGUGGCAAAACCUAAAUCCGGUAGAAGAUUUCUUCGGUCCCACAGUGGGUCCAGAAAAAGUGGCUGUAUUAGUUGGAUUGUAUGCAAGCGUUUUGGCCAUUGUGAUAUCAGGCAGUAAAAGGUUACAGCAGAUAGAUGGAGCCACCUGCAUCACAUGGCUUUUGCUCAUGGUUCAGCAUUUCGAGUCGUUUUUUACCAUCUUUGGCAUUCUGAGAAGCUCCAUAAACAACCUAAAGUGUAUCUCCUCCAUGGUCGUCAUGGUGAUAUCAUUAUGCAGUUUCGUGUGCAGCAGAGAGCAUGCAUACAACAGAGGGAAACGGAAACACCCACGAAUCAGGAGGAGCAGUCUGGGGGAUGGUCUCUCUAGCAACGAGAGCGUUAACACGUCUGCUGAUUUGGAACCUGCUGAGUCUGUGAAUCAAGCUCCCCAGUCACAGAGCAAAGAGUUUCCAAACAAUAACAACUUGCUGCCCUGCUCGGCACCUCCUCAACUCAGCGUUGGUGACUUGGAUGCAAAGCUGACGAUCGGGGCGUCCACAGAUCGCGGCCGGUCCGGCAAUGGCCGGCAUAUAUUCAUGCUAAGCACUCAGCAUGUGGACAGUGUAGGAGAGACGGCUCCAGCAGUGUCUAGCAUGCACAGCCAGAAACAGCUCAUCAGCCCUGCCAAGUUCAUACCACAGCCAAGUGUCAGACGCGUGCCAUGGAAUAGCAGAACGGUGCCGCCACCUAGUGGCCAAACGUCGUUUUAUUCAGGCAGCGCUUGGGUUAGAAGACAAUGAAGUUACCGACAAACAUAUUAAACAUGAAAGCCAGCAGAGACAUCAAUCUAACCAGCUAGAUAUGUUCUUGCUAGGUAUUAAAUUAAUUUGCAAGUUAUUAAUUAUGUUACGAUAACAUCCGUCAUCUAACAUACAGUUGUCAUUUUUGACAAUUUUUUGUUGAAUGUCAACUAUAUAUGUAUAUAUGUGUACAAAAAUGAACGCGCAGUCAUUAUCUUCUAUUCAAUUGGUGGUGGGUUCUAAAUUAAAAUCUCUUUAAAAUGCUGUUCUAAUUUUUUUGCAAGUUACUUAUAGUAGCGAUUAUUCUCUUUGCAUUUGACAAAACCAGAACUUUAUAAUUGUCGAUUUUAUAUCAGGUAUAUAGAUGAAACACGUGAAUGUGCGAUCUAAUCAUCUCAUGUAAAUAACAGUCGUAAAAACAUGUGAACAUACUUUACUUUGUGUGGUGAUAUUAGCAGGUCCUGCGUUGUCACCGGUAGUGUCAUAGUUCAGGAGGUAUAUUCCUGGUGGUAUUUGCCACUGCAUGCUGUGCAGUUGUAGGUGUUAUGAAAGCCUACAUGCAAUUGUAAGUGUAAAGGUUUAUCACAAAGAUUAUGCUUCGUCAUGUCAUAACGUCUACUUAACCAAGUGCGUUGUUAGCAAUUGUGCUUAUGGGAGCAGCCAUAGGGAUAGAGGAUUGGAGACAGUCUAGAUUAUGGUCGUAAUUAUUGUGAACUUCACUAUUUAUAUGGCAGACAGUAUCUUUAUUUUCUAUGACCAUUUGUAAAUAAAUUGCUAUUCCUGCGUGA